ACUGCGGUAGCCAUCGGUAGUUCAGCUCCCCGAGAAAGACAGUGGUAUGGUAACUCGAAAAGCUUAUAAGAUCCAAGAUGUCAACAGAACGAAACGCAUAGGGAUUGUAGCUAACAAUUUUAACGAUCUGAAGAAGAAAGGCAAGAAAAGACUCGCUAUAGCUGGGGAUUGUAGAGUGUGUUUGGAGGACGGAACCAUAGUAGACGAUGAAGAUUACUUUAUCACUCUACCACAUCAAACAGUCUUUGUAUUUGUGCAACCCAAUGAAACAUGGGAAGGAUAUGUGACUGUUCUGAAGAAUGCUACUGAGAAGAUUUUCAGAGCUACGUCUCAGCGAAAUGAGAUCAUUGAACAGAUUUAUGAUGUUAUGCACGGUUCUAAGUCAAAUGAAAUGUAUACUGUCAUGUUGGAACUUGUCAAUCGUCUCGAUGAUAAUAUCGAGGCAGAGGAACGUAGUGAAGAUGAGGCCUGGUUUAAUGGUCUUAGCCAAUCCUUCAACACCAAAGAACAUGCCAUGAGAAGUGCUGCAAAAUCCAGAGUCAGGAAAUACUUUUCCAAUGCAAAGGAUUCUUUUGAGAAAGCGUCAAAGAAAGCUCAGCCUCUCCUAUCGAGCACCCUAAAGCAAUUUCAAGAGGAAUUAAAAAAGCGUCAAUAUUUUGGUGAUUACUUUGCUAGAUCUGCUAAUGACCAACUGCGUCUGUGUUGUGAAAAGGGGUGGUUCAGCUGUGAGGGGCCUUACAAUGAAAAAACUUGUUCACACCUGCACACCAUCAAUCCAUAUGGUAGCAAGGAGAGCAGAGUCCUGUUUAGUACGUGGAACCUCGAUCAUGUAAUUGAGAAGUCGCGACAGAUUUUUCCAGCAAUUAUCCAGGCCGCUGAAAAGUGCCCUAAAGAAAGCGUAUUAAACUGGAAGUACUUUUUUAGCUUGCUUUUCACAAGGGAGAAUCUUAAACUGGUCCAUAUCGGGUGCCAUGUAAAAGGAGGACAUGAAGGAUUUGAAUGCCAAUCCAAAUAUUUUUAUAUGAAAUCAAAACGGUAACACGUGUUGCCGUUCUCGAAUGAUUCUAUAAUUAGUUUGCAAUAAAAACGGUUACCCUUGA